AUGCAUUCCACCGGGUUCGCCGCCAGCUUGCUGGCAAUGGCGGCGUUCAUUUCGUCUGCAAUGGCAUCACCAAUUUUCGGAACUCGCUCUACUGCCGCAAAGAGAGCCUCCUCUCAACCGAGCCUGGCUGUCUACUGGGGCCAAGGACCCGACCAGAAUCGCCUGACCGAUUUCUGCCAGGAUACUACUAUGGAUAUCAUUCCCAUUGGUUUCGUGAAUAUCUUUCCAGAUCAAACCGGUGGUCCGGGAACAAAUUAUGGGAAUGCUUGUGGCAGCGUUACCUGGAAGUCACCCAACGGUACCCAGACCAAUGUCUACACGACCUGCGACGAGAUCGCGGCCGACGUCGCUGUCUGCCAAGGUAAAGGCAAAAAGAUCCUUGCCUCGAUCGGAGGUGAAGCCAGUGGCAAUUUCAUCGCCACGACAAAUUCCGCAAAAUCCUUCGCCGACUUUCUCUGGGGUUCAUUCGGCCCUGUCCAGGAUCCCACCUUGGUACAAUUUCCCCGACCGUUUGGCGAUACCGUUGUGGAUGGUUUCGACUUGGAUAUCGAGUCGGGCGGUGAUUUUGGAUAUGCUGACCUGGUCAACGAGCUGCGAGCCAACUUCGCUGAGGAUAGCUCGAAGACCUACAUUAUCUCCGCCGCACCACAGUGUGUCGUGCCCGAUGCCCAUCUCGAUGAUGCGAUCCAACACUCCAUGAUCGACUACCUGUUUAUUCAAUACUACAACACCGAUCAAUGCUCGGCAGCGUCGUUGUUCAGCUCGGGUUCUCUCGAUACCACCGCCGACCCCACCUUCGGCUGGGCGAAGUGGCUGCAUGACAAUUCGUUGAACGGAGAUAUCAAGAUGUUCUUGGGUCUUCCGGCGUCAACGACCGCCGCUAAUCCCAACCACUACUUGGACCUGGAUCAAGCCCAGGCUCUGAUUGAGGAGUAUGCUUGCACGAGCCCGUAUCAGGGUAUCUUCGCAGGUGUCAUGCUUUGGGAGGCCACCUACUCGGAGAACAACCAGAUCAAUGGUCAGAGCUAUGCUGCCAACAUCAAGGACAUCUUUGGACAGCUAUCCUGUGCACCGCCGACGACGUCUAGCACAACAUCAUCGUCGACAACAACAACGACGUCGACGACUACCGAGUCGACAACUAGCACUACAACAACAACUACUAUUACUACGACAACCACAACGACGUCGACCAUCGGUGCUCCUCUUUCGACCUCGUCUUCAACCACCUCAAGCAGUGCUCCAGAGUCUCCGGUCACAACAACGUCAAGCACAACUUCGGCACCUCCGGUUCCAACCACAAGUUCUGAAACCACGACCACGACCACGUACAGCCACCCUCUUGGGCCCGUUGGCGAAACGACUUCUUCGAGCAGCAUCACGACGACUUCUAGCCAGUCCCUCAGCCCAGUCGCUCCAACGAGCUUGCCGCCCAGCUCCAGCACCACUGCACCGGCUGGAACCACCAGCUCCUAUAGCCAUUCGCACGGUUCAUAUAGCCAUUCGCACGGCCACGGUCCCUCGACCACUUCUUCGGUCUAUGUCAGCCCUGCAACGACUUCCAGCGCAUCUGUAGCCUAUACCGGUUGGCAGUGGGGAGACUGGACUUCCGUCGGCAGCAGCCCAGUUGCUGACGCCACGACGACAAGCGGCUACGAUAGUUGGGAAGACUGGUCAGCCACGACAAGCACAACCUCCAGCCCGGCGGGCGAGUACACGGUCACCGUCUGGACGACGGAAUACACCGACAUCGGUCCUAGUGGCUUCACCAAGCAUCCCUUCCACUGGACCACCUCGGUUCCUGUUGCAGCAGCCACAACCACUGCACCAUUCGUGUGGCCUACUCAAGCCAAUGGAUGCCCCAACGGAUUCACCACCACAGUGACUGUUUGCUCCGUGUGCGCUCCCACCGUGACGACGGUGACUUUGACAGUUCCCGCUCCCACUGCCACCGCUGUCAUGACUCAGACUGUCGUGCCGGUUGCGCCGUCUGGUGCCGCGGCAGCGCCCUUGCACCCGUCUGGCACGGCUGAAACUUCAGUCGCAGCUGCUUCCGUCUCCUCCUGGACCUACUCGCAGCCUGCCGGCGGCGCAGCCAGCACUGCGACCGCAUCGCUGUCCCCUGUCGCAGCUGCAUCUACAUCUCCAGGAAGCAACAGUGGGUGGCUUGCUCCAUCGCCGUCGUCCUCAGCCUCUGCGUCUUCCACCCCAGUGGCCCCUCUCAAUGUCACGCCCUUCACGGGCGGUGCCACCGUUCAGACCCAGCUUCCAGGCACCAUGUUGAGCGUGGUAAUCUGUGCCGCUAUUGCAGUUGGCCAAUUAUUCUUGUAA